GAUGUCAUGGUGUAAGAAAUGGCUGCUAUUACGCUAAUAUUAGAACUGAUAGUCCUCACAUGCAUGUUGAUGACAGAAGUUUUAGUAGUAGACAUGCGACCAUUAGGAUGUCCGCUUUUAAAUUCAACCGGUAUAUGCCUUGGAUCAUUUGUACGUGGAAGUCAGAGUAACCGUGGUGAUUUCAAUGAGAUAGGAAGUAUUAUAAAAGCAUUUACACUACCAGGCCAGGACGAUUACUUGUUAUGUCAAGAAGAUGGAACGUAUAACUCUUCGAGAUCUUGUCUUAUCGAAGACAAACAAACUAUUUGCAGUACAUCUAAUUACCAAACAAUUCGUUAUUUGAUAAGGAAUCCAAGUCAGUCAACAUUUCUGACUGGACGUGUUCUCAGUUUUUCAUGUGAACCAGGCUUUACAUUAGAAGGCCCUGAAAGCGUUUACUGUAGAUCAUAUAACAACUGGAGUGAUAACACAAUACCAAGAUGUACUAGAGGUUGUCCAUAUCCAGGACAUCUCGACAAUGGCUAUUAUACUGAUAGUAAUGGGCUUCGGUUGAGCAGUGGUGGUAAAGCUAUUAAUGAGUAUAUAAUCGGACACUGCAAUGCAGACUUUAGUAUACAAGGGAAUAAAAAACUAACUUGUCUACGGAAUGGUCAGUGGAAUAAUGAUGUUCCGAAGUGUGUUGCUGCAACUUGUGGAGUUCCAAUACACUCCACGCUCAAUGGUACUUAUAUCUUUCCGAAUGGAUCUUAUCCUUCAUCUAGAAAAUUUCAAAUUGGAGAUAACUUAAUUCUUAUCUGUGAGAAGGGUUUUUCUUCAUUGGCAAAUGAUUACAUUACAUGCGGCAAGGGAGGACAUUGGUCUUCUGGACAUUUUCAUAAGUGUCAACCUAUUAAAUGUGGAAACCCGGAUGAGGUAGAAAACGGUGGUUAUUUACUUCAAAGUAAUUCGGUUUAUUAUCCAUAUUCAGGAAAACCGUUGCCUUACGGUAUUUCAAUCUACGUCUCGUGCCUGGACGGAUUCUAUAAUGACGGAAAUCCCAUUUUGGUAUGUACUGAAAAUGGGUCAUGGUCAGGUGCAAAGCCUAUUUGCACAAAAAUAACGUGUAACACUCCCCUUCAAUUUGAAAAUGGUUGGUAUGAAUUCAAAGGAAAUAAAAUAACAGUAUCUGCAACUUUUAAAUAUAAAGAAAAGAUAUAUGCUCAUUGCAAUGAGGGCUAUAUCCUAAUGACGCAUUCACAAAGAACAUGUAUAAAAUUGAAUGAGUGGAGUGAACCGAAACCAAUUUGUAAAAAGGUACUUUGUGCAAUGCCUAUGUCGAGUUCAAGCGGUUAUUACAAGGAUUUGAAAGGUGAUUUGUUAACACAGAAAGAAAUGGAGUACAACACAAAUAUAACAUUCUAUUGUACAAUUGGAUAUGAAUUAACAGUUGGAACAUUUAAACGACGAUGCGAUGUUACUGGAAACUGGAGUGGAAGUAAUCCUAAAUGCUCGCCUAUAACCUGCAUUAAACCUAAUGAGGUAUGUGGAUAUUAUGCUAUAAACAGAUUAAAUGACCUGCAGUCAAACCUAGCAUCGGAUCUGCCAUAUAACACAACACUUCGUUUUGUGUGUAACGAUUCCAAAUAUUCUUGCAAAAAUAAUUCCUAUAUGCUACAGUGUUUGGAAGGUGGAAACUGGCAUGGAAAUAAACCCCAUUGUGAAAAGGUCAAGGAGCAAAACGAACAGCAAUACACAACACGUAACAAUGUGGUGAUUGGCAUAGUUUCUGGAGUCGUUAGUAUCGUUAUUGUACUAGCGUGUAUUACCACCUUUUUAAUUUGUUGGAGAAGGCGUAUUGCUGCUAGAAGGAGCAAAGAGAAUUCAAACUAUGAUAACUUAGCGGUGGACCGUGCGGCAUCUGAUGCCGACUAUGAAGAAUUAAAUAUUGUUAACCCAGAAACAGGUGCAGUGUCAACUUUGUCAUGAUGUUUUGCUGCUUAUUUAACAACACUACUGUUUCUUGUACUUCGUAAUAGUAUUAAUUUCGAUUAUAUAGAGAUCUCGACCCUGGAAAGAUCAAGUUUGACUUUAAAUAUGUCACAAGAAAGACAAUGAACCUAUUGAGAAUUUGUACUACUUGUUUAUCAAGCAGUUUCCAUAUCUCAUACAACAUUUACCUAAACAUCAGAUUGUAUUUCUGUUCCGUUAUCAAAUAUUAAUACCAUUUAAUGUAU